AGUGUCUCCUUACGUCCCCUCUACGUCAUCACGUUGCGCUCAUCUGCGAUGGAGCUUUCUGAGUGGACGCUAGCGCUCGCGGCCGCCGCGUCCGUCUGCUGUUGUUUAUGUUUGUGGGUUCGGUUCCGGCGGUCCGCGCGAGGGUCCUGGAGGAAUCUGUGCGCUAAAAUAAUGGCUCGAACGGAGAAGCCGCUGUUCCGGAUCGCAUACACACUGUACACCCAGACCAGGCUGGGCUACAUGUACUACAAGAGACAGAUGAGGAAAGCCAGACAGAACUACCCGGCUGGACAUUCCUCCACCUGUCCUGCGGAGUUUAACGGUAUCAAAAUCAUUCCCAUCCCAGUUCUGUCGGACAACUACAGCUACCUGAUAGUGGACACGACCUCCAGUGUUGCAGUUGUUGUGGACCCUGCAGACCCUCAACUUGUCCAGGCAGUCCUUGAGGAUCAGGGAGUGAUGCUGGAAGCUAUCUUGUGCACACACAAGCACUGGGACCACAGCGGCGGGAACAAGGGGCUGAGGCGGCUCCACAGCUCGUGCCCAGUGUACGGGAGCGCGGCGGACAACAUUCCCGGCCUCACACACCCCCUCUCUGACAAAGACUCGGUAAAAGUCGGCCGGAUGCACUUUAAAGCUCUUUUCACUCCGGGUCACACGGUCGGUCACAUGAUCUACCUCCUGGACGGCCCAGCCGUCGGCGCCCCCUCCAGCCUGUUCUCCGGAGACCUGGUCUUCCUGUCUGGAUGUGGGAGGAUGUUUGAAGGCAGCUCCAGCACCAUGCUGUCAUCGCUGGACACCGUCGCCUCCUUGAAUGAUGAGACCCUCUUAUGGCCCGGUCAUGAGUAUGCGGAGGACAACCUGCUGUUUGCGGCGGAGGUGGAGCCUCGGAACUCAACCCGGGAGAACAAAUACCAGUGGGUGCUGCAGCAGCGCAGCCAGAAGCUGUGCACGUGCCCGUCCACCAUCGGGGAGGAGAAGCAGUACAACCCUUUCCUACGCAGCCAGUCCGCCGAGCUUCACCUGGCUCUGGGGGUCCAGCCGCUCCAGGACGAGGACUGGACUCGGUUCAGGGCGCGGGUGCUGGAGGAGCUGCGCAAACGCAAAGACCUCUUCAACAGGAGGUAGUGACGCUGCAGGGGGACGGGCGGCCCACGGGGUCGGCGACCUUUACCUGGAGAUGCAUCCAACCUGCUUCAGGAGAACAGAUGGAGCAUUCAGUCAUUUUAAGUCCUAACCCCCCCUUCAUGAGAUCCUUUAGUUUGUUAAGAUGUGAAUGACGUUUAGCACAGUUAGGAUUUACAUGGAACAUGUUUCUUCUCAAAUGAGGAAACUCGCUUCAGUUUCUGGACCUUAGAGGAACACGAGUUCUCCAUCCUACAGAAGAUCUGUCACCUGGUCGGGCUCCAGAGUUUCAUCUUUCCCAGACAGCAGGCAGAAAGUGUGGACCGAGUGGGUUUGUCUGCAGUUUCUGAGGUGGCCCCACCUGUGUUUGUCCACAUUAGUUCAAGUGGACACUCAGUGGGUUAACUCGCUAUGCUAGCCAGGCUCUCAGUGGACGUGUAGCAUGCUAUCAAGCUCUGCUGUAUCAAGCUAGCGAGCCCCGCUGUAGCAAGCUCCGCUGGAUCGAGCUCGCAAGCUUCGCUAGCGCAGCGACCCGACCCACUGAGUGUCCACUUAAGUCUGGACAAACACAAGCGGGGCCGCCUCAGAAACUGCAGACAAACCCACUCGGUCCACAUUUUCUGCCACUUGUAGACCUCACGGCUCAUCUGGAUUUGCUGUCUGGGUUUCUGCCGAGGACGGCUGAAUGACUCUGAGAGAGCUGACACUUUGGGAACACGGAUAUAUUUAUUCAUGUGAAGGGAUCACGGUACGGUUCAUUCAGACGGUUGUCUUCAGUUUACAGACAUUCACCAACGCUGAAUCUCUCUGUUGACUUUUGUUUUUUAGUAGAAGUUUCUUCAUUUCUUCUUUCCUGAAUACAAGAACCAGUUGGGUUCAGCUGUUACCGCCUCACGAGUCGCACACAAACGUUUGGAUUUAGAAUCCUAGUUCUGUGAAUGUAAACGUUCUAAAUGUUCUCACAGGUGAUGAUUGAAGUGUCUGAAGUCAUGUUAGAGGAAACCUUUGAAGGUACGAGACUUCACCACACAGACGAUCGUUUCAUGGGAGACUUGUCAGAAAUGAAACUCUUUGCCAAUCAUCACUUUAUGAUCUUUGUCAAAUAUGAACGUUUUUAUUCUGCUGUGACUUUUGUUGUUAUGAGCCUCAUUUUUGCACAAUGUUCUGAUCAAACCAACAAACUCAUUAAAACGAUUUGUUUUUGGUUUGGA